ACCACUUCCUCUACUAAACAAGUGUUUAAGCAGUGAAGAAGUAUACGCCGUAUACUAUACGAGGAACCUUCAAAGUAUCUCGCUCAAAGAUGAAUUCGGACAGGCAAGCUGCCCGCUUGAAGCGCCGUGCCGAGCGACUAGGUCCGCCGUCGCGUGCUCACAGCAGCUCUGUGGGUAGUAGACACAGCUACGCCGUGUCCAGCGACGCGUCCUCGUCACGCACACGCGGCUCCAGUGUCCCGACUGACAGCAGCGACAGCCUCCGCCGGCCUCCAGUCAUGUCCACGUCUGCCACGGCCGUCGCCAUGAGCGCGCGUCGCGGCUCAAGUGCCCGGAGCCCGCGAGAUAUCAAUGUAUUGGUGGAUAAACUGUUGGCCAAAGUGCACGGCGCGCCGUCCGCCAUCACCACACGCCGCACUGUCGUCCGGCUCCAUGAUGCCGUGUCUAAUGCCCCACAGACGGAUGCGGUGCGUGUCCCGCCUUAACAUGAUCCUGGAGAAACAUAACUGAUGAGCUCUAUAUGCAGUUCUCGAUACUGGAAAAGAUCAAGCGGAAGAUUGCAGCGGAUGCACCACAGUUCUACACCGACUCGCAGGAGACAGUCACGAGACUGAACGAGGUCUACUCGCGCUUCGUCAAGUUCAAAAAUCUGGACAAGAAGACUGAGGCAUUGCUGCUGCUGUACGGGCUGAUGGACACUGCUCCGCCGCCAGUACAUAGUGAAGAGAUUCACAGUCGUCCGGGGUUUCCAGCUAGAAGUGUGAAUAAUUGUCCAGCGAGUUCGACGCCUGAUAGUCUUGACAGCUCGGCGUCGGAGAAGAACGGAGAGCACCAUCGGUCUCAUUCGAUGCCAGUGGUGUCACUGAAUUUAGGAGCACAGAAUGCGGCACCGAUGGAGCAGUCCAUGACGGACCUGGAUUCAUUGGAAGACUCGUUUAAGUUUGCGGUAGGUAUCGCUCCAACGCACAAACCGAGCCGAGGAAAAGGCAGCAGCCCUCGUACAUACCCAGGAGCGCUGGUUUCGGAUGCCAUGGGUGCGUCUAGAGCUACAGGACGCUCAUCCUUUGAUGUGCCGGAGGAGGUUCUUCUGCGCGAUGUUUUGUACGCUUUGCAAGCCAUCGAGUCGCGCUAUUUGUACUUUGACGAUGCUGCCGACCGCUUCCAAAUUACAAGAAGCGUCGGCGUUCCAACACCCAUGCGAGAGCUGAUCCACAUGUUGUGUGACCUUGGCUGGAUCUUCAGGAAGAUUUCGGAGUAUAUCAAGCAGCAUCGUGAAGAGUUGGCGUUUGGUUUGGUGGGGCAAAGCUUCUGUCAUGUGCUUAACACCGAGCUGGCGGGCUAUUUUCGCUUGAUUGCUGUGCUGGCUGCUCAGAUUGAUGAGGAUGCUGAAACAAGACAGCCACACGAACGAGGGGUUAGCAGCCUGACCUUGCGGACGUUAAUCGUGUGGCUGCAGGAUCCACUCGACAGAAUGCGGUUAAUGACUCGCCUUAUUGACAGUGUUGAAGGACUUCGUGGCGGUGCACUUGCGUCCGGCAUUCACUCGCAUGUAUUGCAUGGCGAUCCAGACGUAUCGCAGUCCGUUCAGAGAGUGCUGAAGCAGAUUGCUGCUCCAAUCGUACGGAUGAUUAAGCGGUGGGUCUUUGAAGGCGAGCUGGAAGAUGUGCAUGGUGAAUUCUUCGUGGUGGCAGAUCCAACAGUGAGUGAUGAUCAGUUCUGGGCCAAGAAAUACACGCUGAACUUGAAGAUGCUGCCACCAUUCAUCUCGAUUGAACUCGCGAAGAAGAUUCUGGUCAUUGGAAAGAGCAUCAAUUUCAUUCGCCAGUGCUGUGGAAAUGCUGAUUGGGUUAUGGAUGCUGCUCAAGAGACUGCCGUGAUUGGGAUGGACACGGAAAACGAAGGAGCCUAUUUCGCGGAGCUAAAGCGUCUUGAGACAGUGAUUGCGAAUGUGUCAAACUCUACCAACGAGUAUCUAAUCCGCACAUUGACGCAGAAAUACCGGCUACUGGAUCAUUGCCAAGCAUUAAAGCGCUAUUUGCUGCUAGGACAGGGUGACUUUAUUCAAUACCUAAUGGACCUUUUGGGACCGGAAUUGUCCAAGCGUGGAGCACAAGUAUACCGUCACACGCUUACAAACGUGCUUGAAACAGCACUAAAUGCUUCCAACGCGAAGUUCGAGUCCCCGGAUAUUCUAGGGCGUCUAGACGUCGAAUUGCUGCAGGGAUCAUCCGCGGAUACUGGUUGGGACAUCUUCUGCUUGCACUACAAUCUGCAAGCACCAGUGAAUAGUGUCAUUCCGGCGUCUUCGAUGCUCCAGUACCAGCAAAUCUUCGACUUUUUGUGGCGAAUGAAGCGCGUUGAGCAUUCGCUGUCUGCAUCGUGGACAAAGGAUAUGAAUCUUGGACAUGAAGUUCAGGGAUGUGUGCCGGGAAUUAGACCAGUGCUACACAGGAGCCAACUUGUGCGAUCCGAGAUGAUCCACUUUAUAACGAAUCUUCUCAAUUACAUGAUGUUUGAGGUUUUGGAGACGGCGUGGCAUAAGUUGGUGAAAGAUCUGAACGCUGCAAAUGACUUAGACGGGCUCAUCGAAAGCCACGCGGCGUACAUUGCUUCCAUCAAGAAAAAUGGCUUUAUGAUGAAGGACUCACGAGAUCUUCUAAAACAGCUGAAGCUCAUCUUUGCAACAAUCAUUCGAUUUUGCAAGGCGCAGGAGAAUUUAUACACGACAGCGAUGCACGAAAAACAUGUGGAGGAGAGACACCAACAACUGAUGCAGCAACAGGAGCUUGGUAGUUCGUGGGGAAUACCAGAGGAAGACGAAUACACGAUGCGAACAGAGCGGGACACGUUUGGGAGCAACUCGAAGAUCUUGCGGCAGAUCGAAGAAAUCUCAGAAGAUUUCAGCACCCAGUUUCUUGAACUCCUCGAGAUCGUCAAGAAGAACUCAAUUCGAGGAUCCCAAAGCUUAUCCUUCCUCAUGUCUCGCUUCGAUUUCAACGAGUUCUACCUCAAGAAGACUAAUCCUCCCAUGGACGCAGAUGAAUAAACAGGUGAGAGCCAACAAUGGGGUUUUAGUGAAUGCAACCCCGUUUUUUUUUCACAAAGGGCUUGCUCAAUUUCCUUGAAUAGUUUCGUGCAGGUACUCUCUACCUCGAUUUAAUCCAGAAGAUCUCUUAAGAAAUAGCAGAGGUCGUUGUCGGCGACAUUUACUCCCUUGUUGAUGGAAAACAGAUCUUCCAGGCGUCGGACCGUCUCCAACGUGCACUCAAUUAUUAUUGCGUCUCCAAUUGCAUCGUGCAGAACCCCCGUCGAGUCGCGCGCUUCGUCUUUCACGCUCGGCUCGGCUCCGCGGAAAAGUUGCUGAAUCUUACUCAACGUCAAGUGGAAAGUUUGCUGGAAAGCGUUGCGAUCAAUGAGCAGUGAGUCUUCGUCCUCCAUCUGCGUUCGCAGACUACUUAACGCCGCUUUCAAGUGUUGUACAGACCGCCGAUCCAAGUUACAACGCUUGCUAAGCAGAGGGAAAGACGCAAACUUCUCCAUCCUCACAAUCGCAGCAUCGUUACCUGCAGCGGGCGAGUCGUCAGCGAUUGACACCUUAGUCGUUCCAAUCGCGAAGUAGAGCGUAAGUUUGGUAUUGUGCGUUGAGUCUCCAGAAACAGGCACGAUAGCUGGAGCGAGAUUCUGUCCCCAGAGAGCACACACGAGCCCUGCGCGGAUUUCGGGGUCGGUGGUAGGAACGGCCGGCAAGUCUGUUAAGCAAGCCAGUCGAGCGUACGUUGAAUGGUACUGCAUCAAGAAGGAAUGGAGAAGAGAACAAGUAUCCUGAAGUUCUGCAGUGCAGACCGGAAGGAUAUGUUGCAUUCGAAGCAAGCGCACGAAAUAGUUGACGAUGGCACCCACAUCAGGAGCUUUCGUGUUCGGUGGGCCAUCCUCACUUGCAUUGGACUGCGCGUUGAUGGAGGUACAAACAGAAGCUGGUAGCUUAUCGACGGAGGUAACCGUGCCAUUCUGCAGUUCAAGCGUGUCAAAUAGCACGGACUCGUGCUUUUGUACUUCCAGCGCCAGUGUCAGAUAAUGAAACGCCGCUUGAACGUGAGCGUCCUCAUCACCAGGAACCAGUUUCCGGCCGAACAGAUCAACCAGCUCAAUUAACGCGAACCGAGCCAACUGGCGAUCAUAUCCUCCUUCGAUUGACGCCUUGAUGCAGCCUACAAAGGCCUCAACGGAUUCUUCGAGUCGCUGCUUCAGCUUUUCAUCGUCGAGUGUGAUGGACGGAGCCAUCGAGCUGGUGACUUCGAUCUGUGUCGUGGUUGAGUGCAAGGAUUUCGAAAGCAAGACUCCUUUCAACAACAGAAGGCGGGCUUUGGUUGGAGGCAUACGCUGCGUGGUGUGAUCAAGCGAACGGAUACCAACUUCAACGCACCGUAGCGCCCUCUUUUGACGCUCAUGCACGUUCUCGCUCUCCUUUAGAGGACACUCCAGUAACACCUGAGCCAACUCAGCGUGGAGUUUUACGAAAUCUGGGAUGGCAGAACGAUACAAGUUGAGCCUCUUGUCAACUUCCAGAGGUGACGAGUGAUCCGAGCUAACGCCUAGCCAGCCAUCAUGUUCCAACAAGGCAUCCAGCACUUGUUGUGCUUCACUCAAGCGUUCAUCGACUGCUUUCAAUAUCGCUGGAAAGGACGAGAGAAGCGCUUUCGAACGGAGCAACGAGCUAAAAUUUUGUAAUGUGCGAACGUAGGUGAGCGAAGUUGCUGUGUGCGUUGCAAGAGCAUCUUCUCUCAAGGCGAAGAGCUCCUGUUCAGCCUUUUCACGUUCUCCAAGAAACACCAUAGCUUGCAAUCGCUGCAUCUCUAGCUGCUGGCGAAAGUGCUCUUCACCGGUGACUCUUGUCUCCUCAAUUGCCAUUUGAGUGGUCUCGAGUGCAGUGCGAUAGUGGGUCUGUGCAAGGCAACAAGCAACAAUUUGUGACCGGCACUUGGCGAGGUAUGUACCUCGAGAAUAGAGCAGCGAGAACUUCAGCUUCUGCAGCGCCAAGCGUAGCGGUCGUUCGGAUCCAAGAGGAAUGGCAUCGUACUCUCCAAUCGCGUCCAUGCUGCUUAUCUUCGAUGCGUUCCAAUCGCCUUCAAAGAAUGCCAGAUAACUCAACUGCAAGUGGACAUCGGCUCGAAUUCGACGAAGCUGGAGAUCCUCCCACGAGAUUGACUCUAUCGUUUGACUAGAAGCAGCUCCUUCAGCAUUUCUGGAGGUUUGGGUGGACGUUAUGUCUCUUGGUUUAACGGAGGACAACAGUGUUUGUGCCAUUUUCUUGGCUACAGGGCGAAGAAUUACCGUAUCACGGUCAUAUCUGCUUUCAUGGCGUGCCAUUGCGACUGCAAGGUGCAGUAUCACGGCCAAGAUAUGCACCACAAGCGUCUCGUGGUAGCGUUUGUUGAGACCGGCUUGGAUUUGCUCUACGUUGAGCGAGAUCAGCCAGUUUAUUGCGGCUCGAUUGAUCUCAUCCAGGAGUGAUUUAUUGUCGUGAAACACCACAGCCUCCACGUCGGGAGCCCCGGUACUAUCGCGAGGCGUUGUUCCACCUCGUAACAAGUUCAUCAGCACUUGAAAUGCCUCCUGGAAGCGCCCGCAUUGAACAAGUGCUUCGACUCGCAGUCGUUGAGCAUUUGCGACGUGGUUGGCAUCUUUGAGACAGCUCUCCGCGACGUAUUCGUAGCCUGCAAUCACAGGCAUAGCAGUGGAGGCGUACUGGUCGUAUUGAAGUAGAACUUCUGGAACUAACAUGAGCAUGAUGCCAAGAGAGAACGGAGAGAUACGAUCGGGAUCGUUCAACAACUCGCGUCCUGGCCACAGCUGUCCAAGCAUCCGAUACGAGCCGUACAAGAAACAUUUCGUCGGGUGUGGCAGCGAACAACCAUAGAAUCGAGUGAAGAUGGCUGCUGCCAUCAAGGCGUAGUCGAUGGCCUUCUGCAAGUUGACACCAGAUGAGUGCAUGACCAGCUUCGAUAGCACGUUGCAGCACUGCAUACACACCCACAAUUCGUCACCAGCGAUAGUGUCCUUGGUGCUAUUCUCAAGAAAAUGAUCUGCAUCUGGAACGAGAACUUCUCGCCACGAUGAGCAAACGUUGAGUGUGUUGAAGGCGUUAUCCAGUGAUUCGAGCCAGCUCUUGAUAGCAGCUUUCAAGUCUCCAGAUGCGAGGUGGAAGUCCCCAACUUCAUGGAGAGCUUGACACACGAUUCGCUUUUGACGCUUUUGUCGUGCCAACACCACACACCGAUUGAAAGACGAGAUGAUUUGGCGUCGAAGAGCAGAAAGCUCCUCCUGUGAACCAUCGAGCUGAUCGUGUCGACGAUACUUUUCAACGAGUUCGUGGCAUGUUUUGAGUGCCUGGUGGCUCUUGUUGAUCGCUUUGGAGAGUCCGUCAUAGAUUUCAGAGAGACUGACUAGCGUUUUACGCUCAAGAUUUCUUUCGGUGGUGAGUUUCUGAAUUCGCUGCUCCAUUUCUUGCUUUUUGGCACGGAACGUCAUCUGCUCGGGCGACAACACUUCUUCCACCACUAGUCUGGACUUUUUCUUCUUCUUUUUGGCUUCUUGUUCCUGGAACGCUGUGAUGAAGGCUUUCAAUUCUUCCUCUACUGCUGUUAAGAGUGCUUCCUGAUGAUCCAAGAUUUGUUGCUGAGCGUAUAGCAAGAUAGGGAAAUUCUGUUCUGAGAACCGACUGCCUUCAGUGCUGCACAAGGAAUGGUAUCUGCUUCCUUUCUGUACGACACUCUUCCAGUCUUGAAACGAGCAAAAUGCUCUCAAUGAGUACGCCAUGAGCCUCGCCAACCAGGUGUGAUCAACGUUCAAUGCGUUGGCCGCGGCGUACGCCACUGUCGAAAAGACUGUCGAAGUGGGUAACGCUGUGGCAGGUGUCGCAUUCAUCGUCGAGUCCAUCAUGUCUAGAAGUGCGUCAAUGCACGUUGAAAGGUGAGUGAGUCUAGUUAGCGACGCACUUAUUCGAGUUGGAGGCACCCAAGCGAGCCAGAUUGCGUUCCAAAGCUGUUGAGCUACGGCUUGUAGACCUUGCCAACAGUGUGCCAGUUGAAAAAGCUUGCAACAUCCAGCCGAUUUUUCAAGAAGUUCGCCAAAUAGUUGAUCCAGUUGGGCCACUUGUGAUGCGUCUGCGUUGGUGGUUUCGAGUUCAACUUCCGUCGGAGAAUCAUCUGACACUGACGGAGCUUCCGAGUCCUGAUUUUUCUUGGUGUGGCCAGCAUCAUUUUCGUUGUGGUGACCACCAUGGAGCAAUUCGUACGUGCAGUUUUCGGUGUCUGGUCCUUUUGUUGUGUCCACUUCGUUAAUGGUAUCGCUGAGCGUUGCAAUCUUCCGGUACUGCUGGCAUACAAGGAGAGCGUUAAGUGAAGGAACACACACGAAUACCACAUACAGAUGACCGUACCAACAAUACGGAUUGAAUGAAGAACAGCUCACCACACCACCGAUACAGGUAAUCAUCAUCAGCUCCAGUCUUUGGGAUCGUACUUUCAGGUGGAAUAGCUUCGCUGGUUGUUGCCUCCUGAUCUUCUCGACUGCUUAAUGGGUUUUCUUCGACAGGAGGAUCCUCUUUUAGCGCUGGUAGAAGUGAAUCGCCUCCAAGUGAGCUGAGCGUGUCUCGGAAUUGGCUGCUGAUCGCUCCGUUGACUUUCAGAGAUAACAGAAACUUGUCGAUGUGAGCGAUUCCAUGUCCUCCAGCUCCAAGAAUGGCCCCACAGAUCUUGCUGGCGAACUCGAUUGCUCGACGAUCGGAAGCACUCAGCUGUUCAAGCGUGAUGAAGACCUUAGAAAGAUCAUUUCCAGUAGCUUGGAGGAUGUCGUUCAAAUUCUGUUUCCCAGCUUCCGCUUUGUCAUUUUCGCCUGUUCGUGGAGUGGCUUGAGGCAUAUUAUUCUGGCUUUUAUCCUUUGAGAUGGCUGCUGCUGUCUUUGCCCCGGCACCUCGAGGAGAUACCAUAGCAGUCGCUGGCAUUUCUGAUGGUGGCAUACCAGCUGCACUUGUAGCGAGUUUAAAGAGCGCCACAACUUCCUGCAAGCUGUCGUCUUCUUCAUUCUGCGUGCUAUCGGACGGAGUUUGCUCUGGUUCAUGGUGACUAUGUCUUGCUAGUACCAAGGGAAGUGUUACUCGAGAGAUGUCGCCGUGUGCUUCUUGUGUGAUUCGGAACAGUUCGAAACCGAUACGUGCACAGAUACUUCGCGUAUCGACGUCCCACCUGUCAUGAGGAAUCACAUGAAGUGCUUGGUAGUACGUCACAAGAGCAGCGAACGUAAGACCGUCGCAGCUGCCUUUCAAGUGCAGCAAGGGCAGCAGCAACCGAUACCCUUUGAAGCACAAAACUCGAACUGCUUCCUGAUUGUCCGUCGCACAGGCGAUCUCAAUGCCCAUGGAAAUCUUACGGUUGUCCUCAAGAGCUUUUGUUUGUGUAGCUGUGAGUGACUGAGCAUCUAAGUCAGAAGAAGUGAUAAGCUUCCCAUCUUGAUCUAGAUCUCCAGGUUCGUCGUGACACAAGAUGAGUAGCGCUUGAAUGCAGAGAUUAAGAACUGGUAUGGGGAGCUGGGCCACUGCAUCACGCUUCAGAGCUUGUCUGUAGAAUGGAUUCGCCAUCCACGCCGGACGACCAGCACGCACUGAAGCGACGGCGUUGUACAGGUACUUCGCAGCCUGGUUAGCACCCCCAGUGAGUUGAGCGUCAUAGCAGGCUUUGGCAAGAUAUCCAUAGCACAUUGCCAAAGGCAGUGGAUUGAGCGCCACAACUGGUUCCGAAGUUUCGCCGAUAGACUGGAUGACUUCGUGCUUACUGUCGAAGGCAGCAACAGCGAAGACGUAGCUCGCGUUAGGCAGCAAUCCGGAUAUGGUCGCGUUCAAGUGUGGCGGGUAAAGAGGAGUAGCAGUUCCUGCUAGUUGAUUACUAUUGAGCGAGACAGCAGUUCCUGCCCCAACGGGUUUCGCGAAUACCAUGUAGUAUUGCACGCGCUUCUUUCGCAGUGUUGGUAUUGAAGGCUGAUACUCUACAACUCGGACAGUGAUAGCGGAGCUCGAGCGAGAGAUCACAAUUGGAGCGGCUGGAACUGAAGACUCGGUCGAAGACGAAGUUGAGAUCAAGUGGCGUCGUAGGUUCUCCUCUUGUCUCUCCAUUUGUUGCAGUAGUUGAAGGCACUCAUCUGCGAGUGCACGUCUCUCUUUGGUUGACUUGUUUGGGUGAGCAAGGCGCUGGAUAUUGAGAAGCGCUUUUGUGUAACCGUUUUGAUGGCACUCCUCGACAAGCUUGGCCUCAGUUGUAAGCAACACAGUGCUCGUUUGGAAAGAAGUUCCUGGCGUAAUGGUUGAAGCUUUGGUAUUGGUUAGAGGUAACGUCUCGAUCAUUGUGGCGUCUUGGAGUUCCAAACGAUACAACGAAAGCAGCAAGUCGACUUGGAUGCAGCACAGAUCUUGAUUCAGACCACCGAGCUGUGACCCUGUGCCUGGUACACCAACGAGAUCUCGUGCGUUGGUUGCUUCAAUGGAGUCAUCAGUCAAGCUCAAAUCUCCAGUGGCACAGGAAAACGAGGCGUUGGAAAGUGGCGUGGUCGAUUCAAUGCUGACAACGGAGUGGAAGUGUGAAGAGAAGUUCACUAGCUCACUUCUUCUCGAGUCGAUUCGAUCAAGACAUUGUCGCACAACUUGGCUGCCUGUGCGUGCUUUUCCCCGUAUUGACAGCAACGUAGCCAAGCGUAAACAAAUCUCCGCGUGAAGUAAAAGGUCUUCAAAUUUCACGGCAGUGAGCGUGAAGUGAAUCGUCAGCAGCAGUUCACACGUAAGACGUACCAGAGGCUUUGAGAAUUGGGAAGGUUUGGAGAUAUCCAGCUCUUGUAGCAUUGGUAUCCCGAACUCACGCCACAUUUGUAGUGCCACGGACGUCAGUAAGUCUUGGUUGGUUCGAGCUAGAGCGCUAUCACCGUGAAAUACGCAGGCCUGCAUCGCCUUCGAUAGCCGAGUCAGAAACUUUAGUGCGGGGAUUGUACCACCAGACAUUGGCAAAUACAUCCGUGGAUUCGAGUUCGACUGCAAGCGUUCCUCUUUUGAUAGAGCUUCCCACGUUAACCAAGACUGCUGAACCUCAUGAAGCGCCUCGUACAGCUCCAGCAAGCACUUCACCAUCGCUGUAUCCGUCACAGUUAAACCAUCCGACAUGGCCUGCAGUCGUGCAUGAGCGCUUCUUGUGAGCAAAAUCAUCUGUUCAUCGGGUUUUGCCAGUUGAAAGCAGUGCCGAAUAGCGAUCAGGUGGAAGGAUACCGGAAAAAUGGCAGGAUCUAGUGUCGAGGAUGUUUGUUCAUCCUCGACGAGUGACUUCAGCAUGGGAGACACAAUUAUCAUGACGAAAUCAAAGAGCCCCAACAGUGACUCAUUCAUCGGUGAAUCUGUCGGUAUCAACGCAAACAAAGCUUGCCCACCUUGCUUCAGUUUAGCUUCACGUGACAACGUCUCCAUCGCAUCAACCGUUGCUCGGAUUUGGUCUCUCACAGCAGGAAAAGCAGCCUCAAUCGAAAUUUUAGUGAGUGGCUGAUGCGCUUCAGCGGCUUUCACUCUCGACGCUAACAUCGCUGUUGUGGUCUCUGCUUGAAGCAGAAUCCGCUGGACUUCAGGCGGCAAGGGCAUAUCCAGCUCUUCCUCUUUACGCAGCCGCUGGACUAAUUGCUGGAGAUACGCAGCACACGCCACUGCAGACUUCGCGUGUUGAUCAGCUUUCGUUUGUUCUUUCAGGGUCAAAUCCUCGUAGCACUCGCAGAUCGCUGAGCCAAGUUGCAGUCGCCAUAUAAUAUACUUGGUCGUACACAACGUCACUGUCGAUUCCAUCGCAAGCAGACUCCACUUUAAAUAAUUGACGACUUCUUUCGAGAAUCCCAAGGCUUGUAAUGGCUUCGCAAUGGAGUAAAUGAGCACCGAGCCGUUAAGUGUUAACCAUGAGAACUGGCCAGCGUACUGACGCUCCAUAGCCACAGAGAUUUCCAUCCCAAGACGCAGCAAUGUCAACGCUUCGAUCAUUUUCUCCAGCUUUCCUGGAUUCCUCACGAAUACGUCCGAACUCUUUUGAGCGUGGAAACAGCACAUAGCUAUUCCAAAGAGUGCUCUAACGUAGGCUUGACCCUCUAGACGACUCCGCUUGCGUGGUGGCGAAUCUUUAGAGGCCAGGGUACGUUCUAAAACAUUCUGUGGAGUAUCUCGGUUGGUCUCCUCGUCUAGAACUAGUACUUUUUGGUAGAAAAAAGUUGAGGCAGCACGGAAUUCCUGAGCUUGGUAGAACUUGUCACCAAAUACUAGAAACAACUCGGUCUUCUUCUGUGUGUUGAUCUGACCGGGUGUAGAUCGCAUCAGUCGAUCUACUAACGGUACUAGUUUU